AUGGAAAACAUCAAGAUACCCCCUUUAGCGGUGUCUGCCGCGCAGCAAACAGGAAGCAGCCCCGAUGACAGCACAGAGAUGCACACAGCUUCACCCGGCAGCAAGACAGCUUCAGCUACACCGUCACCACAGCGAUCUCCUCUUCAUGGCAGACACUAUCCCUCUCUCAACAACAACCUCUAUAUUCCUCACCAGGCAAGCGUACCCGACCCGUCGCUCUUUUCGCCCCCCAGCCAGCCAGAGGAGAAGACCUCGGAUGUCGAGAAACGCGGUCGGCGACACAACAGACACCAUAGAUCACGGCAUGAACGCGAGGAGAAACACUCGAGGAACCAAAGCUUCCCUAUAGAGCAUGUGACGGAGAUGCCGUUCCAGCUGGGCAAGAAGAAAGCUCGCGCAGCGGCUGCGGAAGCGGAGGGGAGGGCAAAGGCGAGAGAAAAGGUGCUGGAGGAGGAAGCUCGCCGAGUAAAAGAGGCAAAGGAAGCAAAGGAGGAGUUGGCUGGUCGGUUCCCAUUUGCCAGAACGGAAGAGGUGCUCACCCAGGCUGGCCUCGAAAAGCUGCGUGAAAAGAGACUCAAGGAAGAGCAGUAUGUCUUUUCUCUAGCCAACUCUGAUGCUCUCGGGGAUAUUACGGAGCAAUCAGCUUCAUUCUCUCAGCGUCUUGACAAGACAUGCUACAGCCUGCUCGAGAACGCCGCAAGCAUUCGUACCUCUAUUCAAUCCGUCCAGGCCCUUACGCAACGCACUGUAGAGCGUCACAGAGAAUUCGAUGCCCGCUCCUCCGGCAUGUUACGUGAUGCUAGAGCACAGAUAUUGAAAUUCAACAACUUUGACCGACAGUUGAAGAGUAUCGGUGCGUUGGAGUCACGGUUGGAAGCUACUAGGCAGCAGGCAGCAGUACUGGAUAAGAGACUUGAAGCCGUUCGCAAGAGAAUUCUAGACUGGGAUCACGAAGAAGACGUGUGGCAGGCGAAGAUCACCAGACGCUCGAGGAUGCUGGGUGCAGCUCUCUUAGCCAUGUUCGUUGUUUGGGUGGGCAUGAAAGUCAUGGGCUGGUGGCACCCCGGGGCUCUUUUUGGCAGCUUCCGUUCUAAGACAACUGUUGCCCCGGAGAGUGUGGAAGCUGUGGUGUGUUUGCAUGGUGUCUCCCCGGACUGGAGCUGUUUGAUGCCCUCUGAUGGUGGGGGGGAUGCCGCUGCAAGUACUGCGUCUACUGCGGCUGGAAUUGGUCAAACAACAUCUAUGUUUACAGCUCCCAUUGAGCCAAUCGCCUUAGAGGAACCGUUGCAGCGGAUCAUCGACGAGCUAUGA